CUUGACUGACAGUAUUUUAUCAACUCGGCAAUCUGCUAAAUGCACCGUAGAUAUGGUGUUUCGUUUUUCUCUCAUUAAAUAAAUACCUAUAAAGAUUUAGUAUAAUCACAGUUAUCGCAUUUAGCAUUAGUAUUAACCUAUGGUCCGGAGCAAGCAGUAAGCACAGAUUUACCCCCAGUUACGCUGUGAUAAUUGAGUGUCCAUUGGUGUUCUCGUCCGUCGUCUUCGAUAAAUCCUACCAACAAUGCUGGUGCUAGUGCUAGGCGAUCUGCACAUUCCGCAGCGAUGCAGCAGCUUGCCGGCCAAGUUUAAAAAGCUGCUGGUCCCGGGCAGAAUUCAUCAUAUACUUUGUACUGGCAAUCUGUGCAGUAAAGAAUCGUUCGACUAUCUGAGAACGCUGGCUAAUGAUGUGCACAUCGUUCGUGGUGAUUUCGACGAAAACAUGAACUAUCCCGAGCAGAAGGUUGUAACGGUAGGUCAAUUUCGUGUUGGUUUGACACACGGACACCAGGUCGUACCCUGGGGUGAUCCUGAAGCGUUGGCCCUCAUCCAGCGGCAGCUUGAUGUGGAUAUUUUGAUCUCUGGACAUACGCAUAAGUUCGAAGCGUAUGAACAUGAGAGUAAGUUCUACAUCAACCCCGGUUCGGCAACCGGAUCGUACUCGGCGCUCGAUUCUGCCGUGAUUCCGUCUUUCGUGCUGAUGGACAUUCAGAGCACCACCGUUGUGACGUACGUGUACCAGCUGGUUGGAGAUGAUGUUAAGGUGGAACGAAUUGAGUAUAAGAAGAAUUAAUACUAUCUAAAUGUAUAUACAUAUAAGAAUACCAAUGUUAUUGAAUUUUCCUAAUAAGUGAAGGAAUAAAAAUCGUGUAUCAUUCAUUA